AUGAUGACUGAGUCGGAACUUUCCGAUUUGCAGGAACAACAGUUUCGAGAAAUGUUUGAAAUGUUUGAUCGUGAUGGCAGUGGUUCGAUUUCGACGACCGAGCUCGGUGACCUAAUGCGAGUCCUAGGACUGAACCCAACAAUGGCCGAACUCGAGCAAAUGAUUUACGAAGUCGAUUCCGAUGGAAAUGGACGAAUUGAGUGGGAAGAGUUUGUAGCUCUGAUGAAAAGGAAAUCGCGCGAACCGGUCGAUGAGAAAGAGCUCUACGCGGCCUUCAAAGUGUUUGACAAAAAUGGUGAUGGAUUCCUGUCCGUUGAGGAGCUAUCGGAUGUGAUGCAAAACUUUGGAGAACGUUUAACCAAGAAGGAAUUGGAAGACCUGCUUGCUGAGGCUGACAUCGAUGGAGACGGUAGAAUUAACUAUGAAGAAUUUGUUUACAUGUUGCUGAAGUAA